CGUUCUUCUUAUGCAAUAGGCAGAUUUUUGCAGCAUAUUAGAAGGAAGAGGAUUAACGGAAUUGUGGUGAAAAACAAAAUAUUGGAGUUCGAUCGCAGGUUACAAAGAAGGCCGAUUUAGGUUCCCCGUGAAUAAGAAUCAUGAAUAAAGAGCUUUUAGAUAUUCAACCCCGUGAGCUUAAGUUCACGUUUGUCCUGAAGAGGCGAAGUUCAUGCUCAGUCCAACUUGUCAAUGACUCUAAUCAGUAUGUUGCUUUCAAGGUUAAAACUACAUCUCCAAAGAAAUAUUGUGUGCAACCCAAUGUUGGCAUUGUCUUGCCAAGUUCUACUUGUAAUUUUACAGUUACCAUGCAAGCUCAACGGGAAGCUCCACCUGAUAUGCAGUGUAAAGAUAAAUUCCUAAUCCAGAGCACAAUUGUCCCCUUUGGGACAACUGAGGAUGAUAUUACACCUAGCAUGUUCACCAAGGAUGGUUUCAACCAUAUUGAAGAGAAUAAGUUGAAGGUGGUUCUUGUUAGCCCACCCCUCCUCAAGGAUGGUUUCAAACAUUUUGAAGAGAAUAAUUUUAAAGUGGCUCCUGUUAGCCCACCCCAUUCACCAGUACUGCAACCAAUUAAUGGAACCUUGAAACUGGAUCCUGCACAUGAAGCUUCAAUUUCAAAAGACCAAGUAAUCAAUGGAGUUGAAAAAUAUCCUCCAUCUCAUACGGUAGCUAAUGCUUUGGAGGAGUUGAAACCUGGUAAAAAUGACGAUUUGAAACCAACGGACAAUGUGGAGGAGUUGAAAUUAGCAAAGGAAAUAGAGGACUUGAAACUAGCGAAGGAAAUCGAGGAGCAAAAGCUGGCUAAGGCGACUGAGGAGUUGCAGUCAAAGCUCAAUGAAUGGAAAGUGAAGCUAUGUGAGGCUGAUACUUCCAUUGCAAAGCUAACAGCAGAGAGGAAUGCAAUCAUUCAAGAAAGAGAAACAUUCCGACAAGAACUUGUUGUUUUGAGAAGGAAGAAAGGUGUGAGAAGAGUUACUGUUGUGGGUUUCCCCUUUCUGUUCGUUUGCAUGGUUGGACUUAUUGGUGUAGUACUUGGAUACAUUCUACACUCCUAAAGAGAGGACUUAUCCUGAAAGGUAACUAGAGAAAUACUUAGAGCUGUGCUAGUUAGAAAUUCAGG